UCUCAUGGUUAGUGUGGCAGCCACGCCCUAACCUUCAGCGGUCGAAAUAUGGAGGGAGAAGGAUUUUCAUUUGGAGAUGGAUUCUUGCGCUGUGAGGACGUUCGGGUGAAAGACAUACAGAACGGUUUAUCAACAAUAGGUAUCUUUCCAUCUUCGCCAUGCUUCGUCUACAGCAAAAAAAAGAUCGUGUCUAAUAUCAGUGCGUACCAAACUGCGUUGAAAAUGCUGAACAUUCCCUCCUUGCUCAACUUUUCUAUGAAAGCCAAUCAUAUACCGGCUAUUCUUGAGAUUGUUCGAUCCAUGGAGUGCUCAGUCUCAUUAGUCAGUGGAAUGGAAUUGAAAAUGGCUCUCAAACUUGGGUUUGAUCCACGACUGAUUGUUUUCAACGGAAAUGGGAAACACGACUGGGAAAGAGUCAUGGCAAUAACAGAAGGCUGCCUCAUCAACGUUGACUCUACCUUUGAUUUGAUGCAUACCAUGCGCAUUUGUCAAAAGCUCACCAAAACGGCAAAAGUACUGCUUCGCAUUAACCCCGAUAUUGAUCCACAAGUGCACCCAUUCAUCAGUACUGGCCUUGCCACAUCCAAGUUUGGAGUAAGCACUGAAGAUCUUGAGGAAUGUGUCAGUCUUCUUGAAAAGUGCAGUCAGAUUACACUGGUUGGUCUUCACUGUCAUGUGGGAUCAACAAUACAAAAUGUUUCAGUUUUCAGAUCAUGUACAAUGAAACUGAUGGACCUGAAAAGUGAACUGAAGACCAGAGGAUUCAAUUAUAUAAAAUAUAUUAACAUUGGAGGUGGCUUGGACAUCAACUAUAAACAGAUGGCUUGGAGAACAAGUCCUGCCAGAUCCAGUUGCACAGUGGCAUUAGAUGAUGGUUCUGCACAGACAGCUGAUCAAGCGACCCUCAGACAAUUCAAAGUGACAGAAAGGGUGUCCCAAAAUGACCUGAAUUACAACUCGAGCUGUUCAGAGCUGACAUGUGGUGAUUUGAAGGUUCCAACUCCUGGAGAUAUGGUGGAAUCUAUUCAGUCAGCAUUGAAGGACCAUGACAUAACACUGAUCUUGGAACCAGGACGCUCUCUUGUUGGUAACACUGCAGUCUUAGCAACUACAGUUCUUGGAACCAAAGGAAACCACAGUAAACGGUAAUUA